CCUGAAAAAUAAAUAAAUAAAUAAAUAAAUAAAUAGUCAUAAGGAGUAGAUUAUUUACGAUCCAGACUUGACUUUCAGAAUAGAGUAAUAACUUUCUCGCUUUAAAAAGAUAUGAAUAUGAUCCUACUCGUGCUGCAUAUUUUAUUGACGUUGUUGAGCAACGAUUGUACAGCACAGCCUUACCCUCACAAUGAUGAAUACAUGACAGUCUUUGAUGAUGAGGCUGAAAUUCCACUAAUCGAAGAUUCACACAAAAUCAGACCGCCGAAUGACGAGACCGUUGACCUUCAUCCUAGUGGACAACCUCACAGAUUCCAAAGAUUAGGAAGAAGACAGAUACCAAUUAUCAUUCCUCAACGCUUUGGCAAACGGGUGUACGGUGGAAUGGGCUUAUAAUGUGUUCAGUGUUUAUGCAUACUGUUCUUUCUACCCACUGGAAGAUUUCUUUGACAUGACUACACUCAAUUAUUUUCAUUUGGACUAAUGCUUAUCAUGUUAAAAUUACAAAUAAAUACCUAAAUGAUUCACAAAGAUUUUUUGUUUGGUUUGGUUAACCCUAA